AUGCAUCUUGACCAACCACGGAACCAGCUGCUGCUCGGAACUUUCGUUCACAGCAAGUCCCGCAGGGAGAUUGACAUCUUUCACAAUGCCGCUGUUGCCGUCGAUUCCAACGGGAAAAUUGCCGCUGUGGAACGGCAGUGUUCCAACCUAGAGGUUGCCAAGGCGCAUGCUCUGGCAAAGCUGGGCUGGAGUGUCGACGACGUUGACAUUUACACCACCAAAGAAUCCCAGUUCUUUUUCCCGGGUUUCAUUGACACUCACAUUCACGCCCCUCAGUAUCCCAAUGCCGGCAUCUUUGGCAAGACGACUCUCCUUGACUGGCUUGAGAAGCACACCUUCCCCAUGGAGGUCAGCCUUAAGGACCUCGCCAAGGCCCGCAAGGUCUACACCGCCGUCGUCCGGCGCACCCUCUGCCACGGCACCACCACUGCCGCCUACUACGCCACCAUCGACGUGGCCGCCACCAACCUGCUGACCGACCUGUGCCACGCCAUCGGCCAGCGCGCCUUCGUCGGCCGCGUCUGCAUGGACCGCGCCGAAAUCAACCCAGACUACUACCGCGACGAGUCCACCGAGGCCGCCCUGCGCGCCACCCGGCAGACCAUCGAGCACAUCCGCGCCGUCGACCCGGCGUUCGACCUGGUCGCGCCCAUCCUGACGCCCCGGUUCGCGCCCUCGUGCACAUCCGAGGGCAUGCGCGCGCUGGCGAAGCUGCAGCGCGAGGGCGGCUUCCUCGCCCAGACACACAUCUCGGAGAACACGAAUGAGAUCGCGCUGGUGCGUGAGCUGUUCCCGGCGUCCCGCUCCUACGCCGACGUCUACGACCAGCACGGGUUGCUCACGCCAGGGAUGGUGCUUGCACACGCCGUCCAUCUGACCGAGGAGGAGGCCGACCUCAUCGCGCUCCGCCGCAGCAAGGUCUCCCACUGCCCGUGCAGCAACUCGUCACUGACCAGUGGCGCCGCGCGCGUGCGCUGGAUGUGGCAGAAGGGCAUCGAGGUCGGCCUCGGCACCGACGUCUCCGGCGGCUACUCGCCGUCCAUCCUUGAGGCGGCCCGGCAAGCCGCCCUCGUUAGCCGCCACGUCGCCGCCACCCGCCACAACGGCGACGGCGACCAGGAGGACCACGAGCGAUGCAAGUUGACCGUCGAGGAGGUGCUCUACCUGGCCACGCGCGGUGGCGCGCUCUGCCUCGGCCUGGAGGACCGCGUCGGCGGCUUCGAGGUCGGCAAGGACUGGGACGCCCAGCUCGUCGGGCUCGGCCGCGUCGCCGACUCGGGCCUGCGUGAGGGCGAGGAGUACACGGCUAACGGCCACGGCUCCGGCCCCGCGGUCAACUCAGCGGUGGCGGGCGCGGGGUUCGUCGUCCCCGCUUUCAACGGCUCCGACGAGGGCAACGUCGACGUCUUUGGGUGGGAGUCGUGGGGUGAGAUCCUGGCCAAGUGGCUGUACAACGGUGACGACAGGAACACCAAGAAGGUCUGGGUCAAGGGGCGUCUCGUGCACGCGAGGCGGUGA